AUGUCUAUUCAAUGGACAUGUAUUGCUGGCUUCCUCUACUUCGAAGUCGCUGUCGUCAUCAUAAUGAUGCUGCCUAUAUUUAGCCCUAGAAGAUGGAAUCAGUUCUUCAAGUCAAGAUUAUUUUUUAUGGUGCAACAUCAUGCUGGGGCUUACUUCUAUGUGUUGUUAGGUGUUUUAACUUUAUUCCUGGUUGAUGCCAUAAGAGAAAUGAGGAAAUACGCUGGAGAUGCUGGUGCUCAUAUUCAUUUAGCAAGUGAAUUAAAAGGCAGUGUGAAGCUGUUUAGAGCUCAGAGAAACUUUUACAUAACAGGCUUUGCGAUUUUCCUAGCCUUUGUUAUUCGUAGGCUAGUCAACAUGUUAAUAAUUCAGGAUGAACUAACUAAAAAGGCUGAGAAAAUUAUAAAAGAGGCAGAAGCUACAGUAAAGCUUGCAAAGAGUACUGUUAUGGCUGCUAAACCUGAUGCCUCAUCUCAAAAUGAAACUGAAGAGCUCAAAACUAAACUGGAACAGGCGCAGGAUUCGUUGA